GAGCCUUCUUUAUCUGCCUGAGCCCCCUCCUUUGCCUUGGAUGCUUCAGGGUUUGAACUCGGGACUUCUCAGUGUGACUGGCUCAAGGAGCCAUCUGGUGACAGUCUCUGUCUGACCAUGGCCCUACCAUCCCCGGGCCAGGACCCCUGGAGUCUCCUGGGUGGUUUUUUCUUCCAACUGCUCCUGCUGCUGUCACUGCCACCUGCUACUGGGACUGGUGGGCAGGGGCCCAUGCCCAGAGUCAAAUAUCAUGCAGGAGAUGGGCACAGGGCCCUCAGCUUCUUCCACCAGAAAGGCCUCCGAGACUUUGACACGCUGCUCCUGAGCGCAGAUGGCAACACUCUCUAUGUGGGAGCUCGGGAGGCCAUCCUGGCCCUGAAUAUCCAGAGCCCAGGAAUCCCCCAGCUGAGGAGUAUGAUACCCUGGCCAGCCAGUGAGAGAAAAAAGAAUGACUGUGCCUUUAAGAAGAAGAGCAGUGAGACACAGUGUUUCAACUUCAUCCGCGUCCUGGUCUCUUUCAACGCCACUCACCUCUAUGCCUGUGGGACCUUUGCCUUCAGCCCUGCUUGUGCCUUCAUUGAACUCCAAGAUUCCUACCUGUUGCCCAUCCUAAAGGACAAGGUCAUGGACGGGAAGGGCCAAAGCCCCUUUGACCCGGCUCACAAGCACACGGCUGUCUUGGUCGACGGGAUGCUCUACUCGGGCACCAUGAACAACUUCCUGGGCAGUGAGCCCAUCCUGAUGCGGACACUGGGCUCCCAGCCUGUUCUCAAGACUGACAUCUUCCUCCGCUGGCUGCACCAGGAUGCCUCCUUCGUGGCAGCCAUCCCAUCUACCCAGGUCGUCUAUUUCUUCUUCGAGGAGACAGCCAGCGAGUUUGACUUCUUUGAGGAGCUGUACAUAUCUAGGGUGGCUCGAGUCUGCAAGAACGACGUGGGUGGUGAAAAGCUGUUGCAGAAGAAGUGGACCACCUUCCUGAAGGCCCAGCUGCUCUGCACCCAGUCAGGCCAGCUGCCAUUCAACAUCAUCCGCCACGCGGUCCUGCUGCCCGCCAAUUCUUCCUCCGUUUCCCGCAUCUAUGCAGUCUUUACCUCUCAGUGGCAGGUUGGUGGGACCAGGAGCUCGGCUGUCUGUGCCUUCUCUCUCACCGACAUCGAGCGUGUUUUUAAAGGGAAGUUCAAGGAGCUGAACAAGGAAACUUCCCGAUGGACCACUUACAGGGGCCCGGAGGCCAACCCGAGGCCAGGCAGCUGCUCCACAGGCCCGUCCUCGGACAAAGCUUUGACCUUUAUGAAGGACCAUUUCCUGAUGGAUGAGCAUGUGGUAGCAAGGCCCCUGCUGGUGAAGUCUGGUGUGGAGUACACACAGCUUGCUGUGGAACGAGCUCAGGGUCUGGAUGGGAGCAGCCAUGUGGUCAUGUACCUGGGCACAUCCACAGGAUCCCUGCACAAGGCUGUGGUACCUGAGAACAGCAGCGCUUAUCUUGUGGAGGAGAUCCAGCUGAGCCCUGAGCCCGAGCCUGUUCAAAACCUGCAGCUGGCCCCCACCCAAGGUGCCGUAUUCUCAGGCUUCUCAGGAGGCAUCUGGAAAGUUCCUCGGGCCAAUUGCAGAGUCUAUGAGAGCUGUGUGGACUGUGUCCUUGCCAGGGAUCCUCACUGCGCCUGGGACCCUGAGUCAGGGAUCUGCAGCCUUCUGUCUGGCUCUACCCCGAGCACCUGGAAACAGGACAUGGAACAAGGCAACCCGGCGUGGGCGUGUGCUCGAGGCCCCAUGGCCAGGAGCCCCAGGCGUCAGAGCCCCCCUCAACUUAUUAAAGAAGUCCUGGCUGUCCCCAACUCCAUCCUGGAGCUGCCCUGCCCUCGCCUGUCAGCCCUGGCAUCUUACUACUGGAGUCACGGCAGAGCCACGAUCCCAGAAGCCUCUUCUACCAUUUACAAUGGCUCCCUCUUGCUGCUGCCUCAGGAUGGUGUUGGGGGCCUCUACCAGUGUGUGGCCACUGAGAAUGGCUACUCAUACCCUGUAGUCUCCUACUGGGUAGACAGCCAGGACCAGUCCCUGGCCCUGGAUCCUGAACUAGCCGGUGUUCCCCGGGAACGUGUGGAAGUCCCACUGACUAGGGUUGGUGGCGGAGCGUCCACGGCUGCCCAGCGGUCCUACUGGCCCCAUUUUCUCAUCGUCACCGUCCUCCUGGCCAUAGUGCUCCUAGGAGUACUCACCCUCCUCCUGGCUUCUCCACUGGGAGCACUACGGGCUCGGGGCAAGGUUCAGGGCUGUGGGACACUACCCCCCAGGGAAAAGGCCCCAUUGAGCAGGGAACGGCAUCUCCAGCCCUCCAAGGACUAUAGGACCUCUGCCAGUGACGUCGAUGCUGACAACAACCAUCUAGGCACUGAAGUGGCUUAAAAGGAGGGUACAGAUGGGAGCUGAGCAGGGAGAGCCCCUGGUCUGGUGCCUGAGUCUGGCACAGUGCCACCCUGACUAGGGUGAAAGGCUUUCCUGCUGUUGCGUGUCACCUGCAGCACCCAGUAGGGCCUCCCCUAGGGGACUCUCUUCUGUAAGCACAUGGACUGUCUCCACACCUGUACCCAUGCCAGGACAGGAAGAGCCAGACAGGAGUCUUCAGUCUUGACCAACCAACCCCAAGAGCUUCAGGAGACCCUGAAGCUGUGGCUGUCUAGGGUGACACACCCAAGCAUCUGAGCAAGCUGGGUUGUUCCUGCAAACUUUAUCCUGGAAGCUGCCACUCUGGAAGCAGCUGCUGCUUUGAAACACCAGCCCUCCCUUCUCCUGGGGUCGCCAAGAUUCUUUGAGAGCUGGCCCCUGUGCUUCCCUGUACCAAUCACACCCUACUGCUUGGGAAGUCUUUUCUGAAGUCUGAUCACCUUCUUGCUUCAGUUUAAACAGGUUGUUACUGUCUCUGCCCUGACUGGAAUGGCGGGCGUAAUCUGAACCUUGUUCUCUUGUCUAGUGUGGCUGACCCCUUGAAUUCCUCCUUCCUCGUCCCUUUGUUUUGGGAUUCAGAAAACUGCUCGUCACAGACAAUUUAUUUUUUAUUAAAAAAGAUACAAGCUUUAAGCAA